CCAGUUCGUAACGAAAACCCGCUGCAUUCGGCCGCUACAGUCAUUCACAAUAUGUCCUUAGCCGAAGGAGCUUCAGACACAGAACAGGCCAGGCAAGAGGAAGAUAAGAGCUCGACCACGCUCCAGAAAACCAACGAGAAACGUCAGAUGUCCGACUCGUACAUGUGGAAAGAACAGAUUCACACUCUAAUGAAGGGCGGAGAGAGCGAGUCCGACAUAUCGGACUCAGAGCAUUUCCUCACAAAGGGCGCCUUCCUUCUCACUCCCUCCCACGGCCUCAGCAUGGAAAAAGCCUCCGCCAUCUGUGAGAAGAUGGAGUUCAAGGGAUGCUUCUCCCUGACGAAGACUGCUACUGGAAUACUCUUUAAGUUUUCCAGCGUCGAUGACUAUCAGAUGGUAUUCAAGAAAGGUUUCCAUAAGGUUACCGGAUCGCGGUUCUAUAGGAAGAUCGCUAUUCCGUGCAGACCGCAGAAGACCUUUACCAUUUAUGUAUACGACAUUCCCGACGAGAUCCCAGAGGAGGAUGUGCGCCACGCUUUGUACAAAUUUACUUCGGUCGUUGAGGUCGUCAGGCUGUAUUACUCUGGAUCCCCAAAAGACGGGAACACUGGUACAUCGACUCCAAAACCAGAGAAGACCUCGUCCCGAGCUCUCACGACUAUUGAUGGAGAGCUCGUGAGCAGCAUGGUGCCGAAGGAAGCCACGAGCGUGGUCCGUGUCACUCUCGCCAACAUCGAGGAAGCCAACAUUCUGCUGCAAAACGGCCUGGAUUUCUACGGAGCUACGUUCUUUCCAACCGAAUUAGCUACCCCAACCCAGGCAGCUAAGUUGAUUAAGCCUAGCAACAGAGUAACUGGAGGUACCGUGUCAGCCAGAGUCCGUGAUUUGCUCCCGGUUUUCGACCAGCAAGGAUUCGCCAAGUUCGCUCCACCGGCCUCUAGACUGGUGAAGCCACGUUCCAAGUGAAAGGCUGAUAAAUGUCAUAGACCACAAACGCUAAGGACACGGCUGCUCGAACGAAAAUCAUCAUAAUAUGUAGGCAUCAUCUAACUUGUACAUAUAACUUUACGCAUUUAAUUUACCGAACCGAAUGUUGAAGCUUUUACUAAUUUUUGAUACUGGCUCAUUUAGUCGGAACUCGCAAUUUGAUACUAGAUUACCAUAACAGUUAAUACGUUUAACACUGAAUAAUUUCGUUCGAUUUGUUUAGGUAAAGUACCAUAGUGCAUUUUUUAUGUGCCAUCUAAUUUUAUGUGAUUUCAUUUUUUUGUUACCGAUUAAAAAUAAAUUUAAUGUU